UCUGUAAGGGUGGACGGAUUAGCUGUAUCAAGAUAGCGUGCCCCCCACGCUCAUGCUCCCAGUAUGGUGUGGUAAGUCCGGGGGGUGGGGGUGUGUCCAUCAGGCUAAUGCUCCAAGGAUGGUGUGGUCCUCCAGUCUCAUGCUCCCACGAUGGUGUGGUAAGUCCGGGGGGGGGGGGGUUGGCAGAUUUCAUAAUAAGUUUUUUUCAGUUCAGGUAUUUGGUCUAACAUUUUUGUAAAAUUGGUCCUCCAGUCUCAUGCUCCCACGAUGGUGUGGUAAGUCCGGGGGGGGGGGAUUGGCAGAUUUCAUAAUAAGUUAUUUUCAGUUCAAGUAUUUGGUCUAACAUUUUUGUAAAAUAUCCGUGGCGCUGGUAUUUUGAAAAUGAUUCUAAUGGGAAUAGAAAUGGGCAAUAUAGAGAACUUUAUACAGAACAAAGAAAGAAUAUUCAUCUAACUUUGUUAUUUUGAAAGUCUUUUUAUGUAAUAAAAUUUGACAUUAUUAACGAAUCUUGCGAGUGUCUGUCCAUUUUAUACAUAUUAAAGUGUUUCAGGCUAAGCUCUGUCUCUCCAUGACAUAGGAAAUUAGGUUAACGACUCACAUAUAUUUUCAUACCAAUGAUUUGUGCUAUUCACUCAAUUUUUUCGGUUCCACAUUAUUUUUUUUUUAAAGUAUGUCUUUUUACAUCAGUUGAAUUUUGUGUCUUAAAUGGUGCUUUUUGUGUGUGUGUGCGCUCAGCACAGUGGAUAAUUUAAGUUUAUUAAAACUUUAAUUUUAUUCGCCAGGUGUACAAUGAUGGCGAGUCGGUUCCAUCUGGAGACUGUAACAUAUGUAUCUGUAAUAAUGGAAGCAUUGAUUGUACCAAAAUAGUAUGUCCAGUAACAUGUACAUUCAAAGGAAUAGUAAGUUGUAUAUUAUAUCUUUCAAAUCGCACAAUUUUAGGUUAUAUUAUUGAUUAUUUAAAAGUAUGUCUUUUUACGUCAGUACAAUGGUUUGUUUUAAACUAAGUUGUCUUAAAUGGUGUAUCUUGUGUGUGUGUGUGCAUGGCAAUGGGUCCCUAAAUUAGUUUUUAAAACUUAAUUUUUUUUAACCAGGUGUACAACGAUGGCGAGUCGGUACCAUCAGGAGACUGUAACACAUGUACUUGUAACAAUGGAACUGUUGUGUGUACCACAAGAGCCUGUCCCAUAACAUGCUUUUUUAACGGAAUUGUAAGUUGUAUUUUGUUUUAUUCAGAACACACAAUUUUUCGGUUAUAUUUUUAGACUUAGGUUGCACGUGAAUCUUAUUUAUAAUUCUGAAAUGGAGCAUAACAAACAAAACAAAAACAGGCCAACAACAGUUUUUUAAAAGUCUUUUUCUUAUUGUGGCUCAGCAGAACUGUUAGAUGGAUAGACAUUGGGAAAGUGUAAUAAAUUUAAAAUGUAUAUAUAAUUAAAUACAAACUACCCAGUUCUUUUUGUAAACUCUUAUUUAAAGAUUGGUAAGGCGAUUUGUUUACAAAAUAUGAAUAUUCCAUAACUUUAAAUUUCAAGAACUUAAAUAUAAAUUCGUGCUAAAUUAAUGAUUUUUUUUCUUCACUGCCAGUUUGAAUAUGUCGCCUUUAGAGAUUAUUUGAUUGUUGAAAAAUUAAAAUGUCUCGCAACACUAAGCCGCCUUUACACAAUUUCAAAACUUUCUGACGUAGACGUAGAGAAAGGUGGUAAGGAAUAUAUAGUUACUUCAUAACGCAAUCUAUUUCUUAAAUAAAUCUUUGGAAUAAAAAUAUUUAAAUGAUCUAAGAUGUUUAACUCUGUACGUACCUAAGAUGGUUAAAUCUUGGCGGCUUACCUAAGAUGGUUAAAGCUGUAUUUAUCGGAAAUGGUUAAUUCUCUACUUAUCAAACAUAAUAAACUCUUCAUAGGGAUACAAAUGGUUAACGUUUUAUCUGUUAUUUUCAAACAGAAAUCAAUGUUCUUUUCUUGAUAUUUGUUACUUUUUCUAACAUAGUUUGUUGGAUCAGAGAUCAGAAAUAAGAGAUUUGCAACACAAACCAAGACUAUCAUUAAUUUCUUAAAUAUUUUUUUUUUUUUUUUUAUAAACAUAAUAAAAAAGAAUGUCUUACUAAUAUGCAAGCAAAAGCAUGAAAUUAAACCACUCUAUGCCCGUAUUAAAAAGCAAGUUAACUUUUUUUUUUCGUGGAAUAGUUGUUUAAAUUUUUUUUUAUAAAUUUCAAUUCUAUUUUAAUUAUAUUCGUUUAUUACGUGUCGUGGAACUGGAAUUUUGAAUGAAUUUAAAUUUUUGAAUGGAAUUUUUGAAUGAAAUUGUAUGAAUGAAUUUAGCGAAUGAAUAAAAAGGUGUUCAAACUUUUGCAUCAUUUCAGAUGAUUUUUUAAAACUGCUGAAGACUAUCAGAACAAUAUUGUGGGAGCUUAUUUUAUAUAUCUAGUAAUUUAAAAAAAAAAAUUAUCAUGGAAAUGAGUUGAAAUCACUCUUUUCUGCCCAAUAAUUUUUAUACUGGUAUUUUGAUUGGGCCAUAAUUGCAAAGUCAGGAUUUUUAUGAAGCAAAGAUAAAUAAGUAUUUAAGUUAUGAAUCCCCCCCACCCCCCAUUUUAACGGAAUUAAAUAUCAGCUUUGUAUAUCUGAUUUUUUAUUUUUAUAGGUUUACUACGAAGGAGACUCUGUGCCUUCUGGAGACUGCAACAAUUGUACGUGUAGGCAUGGAAUUGUGGAGUGCACUAAAAUAUAUUGCCCUUCCAUCUGUACAUUCAAUGGAGUCGUGAGUUUUAUGUUUAGCUUUGCUUUGCCAGGAACAUUAUUGAAUUGGGGAACUUUUUAAAAGAAAAAAAAAUGCAUUUUAUUUCAAGUCAAAAAUCCAUACGGUUUGGAUGUUACAUUGCAUCUAGAACUUUGUUUUGCCUCUCUCUCAGUUCAUUGUUGUUGAUUUCGUCGCUUCAUUCAGUGAUGAGGUUGGAUGACGGAGCCCAGCUAAGGAAAAAUUGAUAUCCGAAGGGGUAGUUAGAAAGGGAUUAUAUAUAAGGGCAUAUACAAUUAGUCCCGAAACAAUGAUUAAACACAUCUUAAAAUUUGUAUGACUUGAAUACAAACUUCCGCGUUUUCUUUUUUUUUUUUUUUUGGACAACUUUUUGAAGAUUUAAACAUUGGUAUGACCAUUUUUUUACAAAAUGUGAAUAUCCAAAAGGUUUUUUUUUUUUAUUUUAAAAUAUUAAACUGUUCAUAGAUAACUUUUUUUUUCUUUUUUUUUUUUUUUUGGACAACUUUUUGAAGAUUUAAACAUUGGUAUGACCAUUUGUUUACAAAAUGUGAAUAUCCAAAAGGUUUUAUUUCUAUAGUUUAAAAUAUUAAACUGUUCCAAGAUAACUGUUCCAACUGUUAACUCUGUACUUGCCAAAGUUGGUUUACUCUGUACGUAUCUAAGAUGGCUAACUUUGCAUGUAUCGAAAAAGGUUUAAUCUAUACUUAUCUAAGAUGGUUAACUCUUUGUAAGCAUACUAAUCAUGCACUUGUUUCUUUUGUGAAAUAGUUUUCUGGAUAACAGAUCCUUAAUACGAUUAUGAAAUACAUACAGAGGCAUACAAUAAUUCCUUAACUGCUUUUCGUUUUUUUAAUUUUUAAUAUAAGAAUAACAAAAAUAUGUCUUACUAAUAUGCAAGCAUUAACCUAAAAAUGAGACAGCUCUAGAUGGUAUAAAAUUAGGGAGUUCAAAAAACAUUUUCCAUGUGAUAGUUUUAAAAUUUAAAAUCUAUUCCAUAUAGACUCGUUUCUAAUGUCUCUUGGAACCUGAAGUUUGAAUUUAGCGAAUGACUUAAAGAGAACUUUAAUGUUAGCAACGUUCCCUAAAAGUAUAUAAAACUGCUGACGAUUAUCUGCACACAAUUUAAGGGAGGUUACAUUUUAUAUCAUCUAGCAAUGAUUUAAUUUGUUUUCAAUAUACAAGAAAUGCGUUGAGAACAUACAUUUUUGUGCAAUGGUUUAUUUAUUGGUAUUUUUUAUUGAGCAAGUUUGCAAAGCACACAUUUUUCUGAUGCAACCAUGAAUUAAUAUUUACGUCAUAUACGUUUUUUUUUAAAAUUAGGAUUUUAAUGGAUGCCUUCUCGUCAGCUUUUUUAUAUCUGAUUUAAAAUUUUGUCCAGGUUUACUACGAAGGAGACUCCGUGCCUUCAGGGGACUGCAACAAUUGUACAUGUAGGAAUGGCAAAGUGAAGUGCACCAAAAUAAUUUGUCCUCUCACCUGUAAAUUCAAGGGAGUUGUGAGUUUUAUGUUUAAAUUUAUGUUGCCAGGAAACCAAUUGAAUUAGUCUAUUAUUUUAUAGAAAAAAGUGCAUGUUCUUAAAAAAAAUUGUUUUGACGCGAAUGUCCACUAGGGUAUGGCAUAAGCAAUAAGAUCAUGAACAACCUAUGGCGUUUAGACUCGGAACAACAAUUUAAAAUGUUUAAUAAUUAAACACCAACUACCGUGUUCUUUUUGACAGGCUUUUAUUUAAACAUCGAUAUGAAUAUUAGCUUACAAUAUAUGAACAUCCCACAACUUUUUAUUUUAAAAUCUAAAUAUAUUUUUUCCUCAUUACAUUAUUAUUUCUUCAAUACCAGUUCCAACAUAUCGCUUUUAGAGAUUGUUUAAUAGUUAAAAGUAUUAAAUAUCGGUCAUGAAAAAGAUGCCGGCACAGAAUUUUAAUUCUUUGAGACUUAGUGAAAUUUUAGGUAAGUGGUUUUCAAGAUGAUAAAUCAAAUAUAUUAUGUUCCAAGUGCAUAUACAUUUUUAAAUUAAAUGUUCCGUUUAAAGUAUUUUAAUAUUCUAAGAUGGUAAACCCUGAACAUAUCUUAGAAAAAUAAUUCUACAUGGUAAUACUAAUCGUGCACGUUUAAUCAAUUAUUUUCAAAAAGAAAUCAAUUGUAUUUUCUAGAAAUUUGUUACUUGUGUAAAAUAGUUUACUGGACAACAUAUCAGUAAUGAUACAUUUAAAAUACAAAAGGAGGCAUAUAUUAUCCUCUUAAAUGCUUUUCACUUUUUCUAUUUUUUUUUAAAUAUCUGAAUAAUAAAGAAUUAUAUCUUACUAAUAUGCAAGCAUUAACCUAAAAAUUAAACAACUCUAGAUAAGUAUUUAAAAAAAAUUAGCCUAUAUUUUUCGUAAACUAGUUUUAUAAAUUUUAAAUCUAUACCCUAUAUAUUAGCCUAAUAUGUGUCAUGAAACUGAAAUUUUGAACUUAGCGAAUAAAUUGAAAAAGGUGUUCAAACAUUUGCAUCAAUUCAGAGGAGUUAUUUAAAACUGCUGAAGACUAUAUAAACAAUAUUUAGGGAGCUUAAACUGUAAUUGACAUAGAAAUAUUUAAAGUUUUUUUUAUUAUCCAAGAAAUGCGUUGAACUCUCUUUUCUGUCCAAAAAUUUAUAUACUAGUAUUUUGAUUUAGCUUUAAUUGCAAAGUAAAGAUUUGUAUGAUGCAAACUUAAAUCAUUAUUUAAGUCUUGUUUCCCCCCCACUCCCCCAAACCCAUUUUUUAAAGCAAAAUAAAUAGACGCCCUUUAGCUCAGCUUUCUAUAUCUGAUUUAUUAUUUUUUGCCAGGUUUACUACGAAGGAGACUCAGUGCCUUCAGGGGACUGCAACAAUUGUACAUGUAGACAUGGAAUUGUGGAAUGCACUAAAAUAUAUUGUCCUUCCAUCUGUACAUUCAAUGGAGUCGUGAGUUUGAUAUUUAACAUUGCUUUGCCAGGAACAUUAUUGAAUUAUGAUUUUUUUAAAGAAAAAUGCGUUGAAAUCUCUCUUUUCUGUCCAAAAAUUUAUUUACUGGUAUUUUGCUUUAGCUUUAAUUGCAAAGUAAAGAUUUGUAUGGUGCAAACUUGAAUUAUUUACUUCUUGAUUCCCCUGCUCCCACACAUUUUUUAAAGCAAAAUAAAUAGACGCCCUUUAGCUCAGCUUUCUAUAUCUGAUUUAUUAUUUUUGCCAGGUUUACUACGAAGGAGACUCAGUGCCUUCAGGGGACUGCAACAAUUGUACAUGUAGACAUGGAAUUGUGGAGUGCACUAAAAUAUAUUGUCCUUCCAUCUGUACAUUCAAUGGCGUCGUGAGUUUGAUGUUUAACAUUGCUUUGCCAGGAACAUUAUUGAAUUAUGAUUUUUUUAAAGAAAAAUGCGUUGAAAUCUCUCUUUUCUGUCCAAAAAUUUAUUUACUGGUAUUUUGCUUUAGCUUUAAUUGCAAAGUAAAGAUUUGUAUGGUGCAAACUUGAAUUAUUUACUUCUUGAUUCCCCUGCUCCCACACAUUUUUUAAAGCAAAAUAAAUAGACGCCCUUUAGCUCAGCUUUCUAUAUCUGAUUUAUUAUUUUUGCCAGGUUUACUACGAAGGAGACUCAGUGCCUUCAGGGGACUGCAACAAUUGUACAUGUAGACAUGGAAUUGUGGAGUGCACUAAAAUAUAUUGUCCUUCCAACUGUAUAUUCAAUGGAGUCGUGAGUUUGAUGUUUAACUUUGCUUUGCCAGGAACAUUUUUGAAUUAUAAUUUUUUUUAAAGAAAAAGAUGCAUGUUGUCAAACAUUUCAUUUCACACAAAAAUUCAUGUGGUUUGGAUGUAAAGUUGCAUGAAAAAACGUUUUCACUCUGUCUCAGUUUAAUCGUUAAUUUCGUCUGCUUCGUUCAGUGAACGGCGGAAGAAGUUUGGAUAAGGGAGCUCAGAUAAGAAAUAAAUGAUAUCCGGGAGGGUAGUUAGAAAUGGUUAUGAUUAGGGCAUAUACAAUUAGAUCCGUAACAAUAUACGACGAUUAAACUCGAAACAUCUAAAAAUUGUAUUCAUUAAAUACAAAAUGCUACUUUCUUUUUGACAAUUUUUUUAUAUAAACAUUGGUAUGAUCAUUUAUUUAAAAAAUAUGAUCAUCCCGCAACUUUUUAUUACAACAAGCUGAAGAUAAAUUUGUCCCAAAUUAAUUUUUUAAAAGUUAUUUAAAACCAGUUAAAAUGUAUCGCCUUUUAGAGAUUAUUAGUUGUUAAAAGAUUUAAAUGCAACUCAUUACUAUGCUGCCUCACCACAAUUUUUACCCUCCAAGACUUAGGGACAUUAGGCAAAAGUGGUUUGGAAGAUGUUAUUUUAAAUAUACAACAUUCCAACUGCAAUAGAUUUUUAAAAUAAAUCUAUAGUUUAAAGUAUUGAACUGCUAUAAGAUGGUUAACUCUGUACAUAUGAAAAUUACUUUAUUAUGUAGGUCUCUAAGAUGGUUAUUUCAUUUUCACAUACUAAUGGUGCACUUGCUACUUUUGUGAACAAGUUUCCUAGAGAACAGGGCAGUAAUACGAUAUUAGACAAACAUACGGAGGCCUACAAUAAUUCCUUAAAUGCUUUCGCUUUUCUGUCUUUUAAAUAAAAAAUAACAAAAAAUGUCUUACUAAUAUGCAAGCAUUAACCUAGAAAUUAUACAUCUCUAGAUGUUAUAAAAUAGGGAGUUCAAGAAACAUUUUAAGUGUGAUAGUUUUAUAAUUUAAAAUCUAUUCCAUAUAUAUCCGAUUCUUAUGUCUCUUGGAACUGUAUUUUGAAUUUAGCGAAUGACUUAAAGAGAACUUCCCUUUAUGUAUUUACAACUUUUGAUGAUUAUCUGAAAAAGAAAUUGGAGUUUAAAUUUUAUAUCAUCUAGCAAUGAUUUAAUUUGUUUUAAAUAUACAAGAAAUGCGUUAAAAUCGCUCCUUUCUGUCAAAUGCUUUAUUUAAUGGUAUUUUUUAUUGAGCAAUAUUUGCGAAGCACAUAUAUUUAUAAUGCAAACAUGAAUUAGUAUAUGUUAUAUUUUUUUUUUAAAUAUAGAUUUUAAUGGAUGCGAUCUAGCCAUCUUUGUAUAUCUGAUUUGACAUUUUGUGCAGGUUUACUACGAAGGAGACUCUGUGCCUUCAGGGGACUGCAACAAUUGUACAUGUAGAAAUGGCAAAGUGAAUUGCACGAACAGAAUUUGUCCUCCCACCUGCACAUUUAAUGGAGUUGUGAGUUUUAUGUUUCAUUUUACUUUACGAGAAAAUCAUUUCAAUUAAUCAAUUUUUAAACAAAUAAAUACUUGUUCUUUAAGACUUUACUUCUACGCAAAAUCUGCGCUGUUUUUUUUAUAGCCUUGUAUUUAAUUUAGUUUGUUUCCCUCUCUCGCACAAUUCAUCGUAGUUAAGUUUGUCUACUUCGUUAAGUGAUCGGCGAAAGAAUGCUGGGUAGGGGAUCUCGGAAAAGGAAUGUAUAAUUUGCUGGAUGGUAGUUUGAAAGGGGUUAAGUGUUGGGCAUAUACAUAUAGAUUCGGAACAACAUAUGUUGAUUAGACAGGUAACAACGUUGAAAAAAUGUUGAAUAAUUAAAUACAAACUACCACGUUCUUUUUGAAAACGCUUUUAUUUAAUCAUCAGUAUGACGAUUUGUUUACAAUAUUUGAAUUUCUUACAAUUUUUUUACUUGUUGAAAUAUAAUUCUUUAAGUAACAUUCGAUUAUAUUGUUUUUAGGGGUAAUGUCAUUGUUAAAAGUUUAAAAUAUCGGCCAAGGGUAAUUUGCCUGUACAUAUUUUUAAUUCUAUACAAAUUUAGAGAACUUAGACAAAAGUGAAUUUAAAGAUGCUAAAUCAAAUAAAUUUUUAUUCCAAAUGCAUUUAAGUUUUUAAAUUAAAUCUUAAUUUUAUAGUAUUUAACUGUUCUAGGUUGGUGAACCCUGUACUUAUCAAAAUUGGUUAACUCUUUAAAUAUUAAAGAUCGUUAACUCUGUACUUUUCUAAGAAGGUUAACACUACGUGGGAAUUCUAAUGUUGCAUGUUUCAUCAAUUAUUUUCAAAAAGAAAUCAAUGUAAUUUCUGUAAAUUUGUUUAUUAUGUGAAAUUAAUAACUUGAUAACAAAUCAGUAAUAGUAGAUUUAAAAUACUUUAUUUCUUAACUGCUUUUCGCUCUUUUAUUGUUUAAUAUUGGAACAAUUAACAUAUAUGUCUAAAAAUAUGCAAGCAUGAAAUUAAAAGUUAAACAACUCUAGAUCUGUAUUUAAUAAAAAGUAGAAAAGCACAAUAUUUUCCUUUGAACUAUUUUAUAAUUUUUAAAUCUCUUCCAUUUAUACUGGUUUUUAUGUCCCUUGGAGCUGGAAUUUCGAAUGAAACUAAUGACUAACUGAGAGUUCAAAUUUUUUCAACGUUUCAAAAUAGUUUUUUUUAAAAAUACUGACGACGUUCUGAACAAAUAUUUGGAAAAUUACAUUUUAUAACAUUUAAAAGUUAUUUAAUUUUUUUAAAAAGUUUUUUAAGUAAAAAAAUUUUUUUCUUCUGUUCAAUGAUUUAUUUAUUGGUAAUUUGUUUGAGAAAUAUUUGCAAAUUAAAUAUAGUUUUGAUUCAAACAUGAAUUAGUAUUAAAUUAUUACUAAUUUUUUUUAUUUUUAGAAUUUUAUCUGGAGCCAUCUUGUCAGCUUUGCAUAUAUGAUAUGAAUUUUUUGUCUAGAUUUACAAUGAGGGAGACUCCGUACCUUCCGUGGACUGCAACACUUGUACAUGUAGAAAUGGCAAAGUGAAGUGCACCAAAAUAAUUUGUCCUCCCACCUGUACAUUCAAUGGAGUUGUGAGUUUUAUGUUUCAUUUUCUUUGCCAGGAAACCAUUUGAAUAAAUCAAUUUUGGAUCCAAAAAAUACAUAUUUUAAAAAAUUUACUUUAUGCAAAAAUCCGGGCUGUUUGUUUAUAGCAGUGUAUAAGAUUUAGUUUCCCUCUCUCACCCAAUUCAACGUAGUUAAGUUCGUCUGCUUCGUUUAGUGAACGGUGAAAGAAGGCUUGGUAAGGGAUAUCAUAAAAGGAAUUUAGAAUUUGCAAAAUGGUACUUUGAAAGGGUUUAAGUGUUGUGCAUAUACAUAUAGAUUCGGAGCAACAUCUGGCGUUUAGACUCGUAACAACGUUAAAAAAAAUAUUAAAGAAUUAAAUAUAAACUACCUCGUUCUUUUUUAAAACGUUUUUAUUUAAACAUUUUUAUGACAAUUAGUUUACAACAUCUUUAUCCAAAAGAUAUUUAUUUCAAUAAGCUAAAUAUACAUUUUUUACAUGUUUAAAUGUUAUUUCUUAAAUACCAAUUCGAAUAUAUCGCUUUUAGGAGUUAUUUAUUUAUUAAAAGUUAAAAAUAUUAGCCAAGAGUAAAAUGACUGUACACAUUUUAAGUCUUCUAAAAUUUAGGGAAAUAAGAGAAAAGUGGUUUGGAAUAUGCUAAAUCAAGUUCGUUAAACCUGUACAUUUUAAAAAUGGUUAACUCUGUAAAUAUUAAAGAUCGUUAACUCUGUACUUAUCUAAGAUGGUUAACACUAUGUGGGCAUAUUAAUGCUGCACGUUUCAAUUAUUUUCAAAAAGAAAUCAAUUGUAUUAUUUUUUAAUUUUGUUAAUUCUCUAAGAUUAAUAACGUGAUAACUAAUCAUUAAAAAUAGAAUGAAAAUAAAUGCGGAAGCAUACAAUUUUUACUCAGCUGCUCUCCUUCCUUUUAAUUUUAAUAUUGGAACAAUAAAAAUAUAUGUCUAACAAAUAUGCAAGCAGUAACCAAAUCAUUAAACAACUCUAGAUAUGUAUUUUGUAAGAAGUUGAAAAAAAAAUGUUUUUCCUUGAACUAUAUUAUCUUUUUUUAAUCUAUUCCAUUUAUUCUUGUUUUUAUAUCCAACGGAACUAGAGUUUUGAAUGAAGCGAAUGACUGAAUGAGUUUUAAAAUGUUUUCAACGUUUCAAAAUAGUUUUUAAAACGACUGACGACUAUUUGAAAAAUAUUUAGUAACUUGCAGUUUACAACAUUUAAAGUUAAUUAAUUUUUAAAAAUAUGUAAGUGUUAUUUUCAUUUAUAUUUUUGUUGUGUAAUGAUUUUUUAUUGGUAAUUUGUUUGAGCCAUAUUUGCAAAUUAAAGAUAUUUUUGAUGCAAACACGAAUUAGUAUUUAAGCUAUUCCUAAUUUUUUUUUUAGGAUUUCGUCUGAAGCCAUCUUGUCAGCUUUCUAUAUAUGAUUUGAUAUUUUUUUGUCUAGGUUUACAACGAAGGAGACUCCGUGCCUUCAGUGGACUGCAACACUUGUACAUGUAGAAAUGGCAAAGUGAAAUGCACCAAGAGAAUUUGUCCUCCCACCUGUACAUUCAAUGGAGUUGUGAGUUUUAUGUUUAAAUUCUUUGCCAGGAAACCAUUUCAAUUAAUCAUUUUUAAUAAAAUAAAUAAAUGUUUUUCAGACUUUAAUUUUACGCAAAAAUUUGAGCUGUUUGUUUAUAGCCUUGUAUUUAAUUUAGUUUGUUUCCCUCUCUCGCUCAAUUCAUCUUUGUUAAGUGUUGUCUGCUUCGUUUAGUGAUCGGCGAAAGAAGGCUGGGUAAGGGAUCUCAGAAACGGAAUGUAGAAUUUACACGGUUCCGUGACAAACGCGCACAAGACAAUUGCGCACACGACAAACGCGCACAGACAAUUCCGAAAUGACACAAAUGCGCACAGGACAAACGUGAACACCGAUAGUUGCGCACACGGACAAUGGCGCACACAGACAAAUGCGGACACCGACAAUCCCGCACAGUGACAAAUGCGAACGGUUAUAUAAGCGCACACCGACAAAUGCGCAAAUAGCAAGUUAUGCAUCGCCAAUUUAAAGAUGAUAAUGGAUUUAGUCUUAGUUGGUUUUCAGCCAAAAUACAUCAUGUUUAAAGCUAACAAUAUAUUAAUAAUCAUAAUAAAUGUAAUAAUAAUUGUAUGCAUAUUUAAAAAAAAAUUAACUUUUCAAUGUCUAGACUAAUAGUAUAGUAAUAAAAUGUUCGUUCUAGUAGUACUGCUACGUCAUGAUUUUUAAGAGAUGUCAUUUAAAAAAUUUUAAUUGGAUAUUUAAGUCUUAAUCAGCAUGUUAAACCAUCGUAGUAUGAUGGAAGCUCGUAAAAUGAUUAUUAAACAAAUAACAGCAGUACUACUACUUAAGCAUAUAGUUGAAAAUAAGACGUAUACUUAUACAUUAUACUAAAAAUAACUGUGGUUUUUUUUUUAAUAAAAGAAAGAGGAAUAUUAGUCUUAAAAUAAGAGUUGGCAUUGCACUUUUCUAAAGGCAAAGUACGUUUUAAAACAUGCAUUCAUGCAACCGAUUUGAAAAAUUUUUAUUAGUGAUUAACACGUAGUUUUAUUCCGACCCCUCUUUCAACCCGCAGAUUUAUUAGGUACAUAAUCUUGGUUAUUUAUAGUGUAGAAGGAAGUCCUAAUUGAAUGAUGAAAUUACUGUUGAUAUUUUAUUACACAUAACUUUGCAAUUAGGAUUUAAACUACCAUUAGAACAAUACGCAAACUUAAAAUUAAAGGUUAAAACCAGUUAGCUACGGUUCAGUUAGUUUUAUAUCUUCCACUCUCAUAGUGAAAAAAUUAUUUCGACAUUUAAUAUUUUUUUGUUAGCUACGGUUCAGUUAGUUUUAUAUCUUCCACUCUCAUAGUGAAAAAAUUAUUUCGACAUUUAAUAUUUUUUCUGAAUUAUUUUACAUUCAAUUUCUUUUGUUGUCUAUUUUGUUCCUUUUUUCCUCCAUACUUUGCCUUCCUUUCUGGUACUGAAAACUAUUUGAACUAAAUUAAAUUUAAACAUGUUUUUUUUUGUUUUAAUUAUAGCUUCAUUGUCAGUUUGCGCAUUUGUCGGUGUGCGCUUUUAUAGCCGUUCGCAUUUGUCACUGUGGGCGAUUGUCGGUGUCCGCAUUUGUCGGUGUGCCCCAUUGUCCGUGUGCGCAACUAUCGGUGUUCGCGUUUGUCCUGUACGCAUUUGGGUCAUUGCGGGAUUGUCUGUGCGCGUUUGUCGUGUGCGCAAUUGUCUUGUGCGCAUAUGUCUGGUCACCAAUUUACACGAUGGUAGUUUGAAACGGGUCAAGUGUGGGGCAUAUACAUAUAGAUUUGGAACAACAUAUAGCGAUGAGACUCGUAACAACUUUUAAAAAAUGUUUAAAAAUUAAAUAAAAACUACCACGUUCUUUUUGAAAACGCUUUUAUUUAAACAUCGGUAUGACGAUUUGUUCACAAUAUAUCAAUAUCCAACAACUUUUUAAAUUAGAUAAUUUUUUUUACUUGUUUAAAUAAAAAGUAACGAUCGAAUAUAUCGCUUUUUAGGGGUUAUUUAAUUGUUAAAAUAUCGGUCUCGAGUAAGAAGCCUGUACACAUUUCAAAGUCUUCAUAAAUUUAGUGAAAUUUAAGAAAAGUUGUUUGGAAGAUGCCAAAUCAAAUAUAUUUUAUUCCAAAUGCAUUUAAGUUUGAAAUUAAACCUUAAUUUUAUAGUAUUUAACUGUUCUAGGUUGCUGAACAUUGCACUUAUAAAAAAUGAUAAACUCUGUAAAUAUUAAAGAUCGUUAACUCGGUACUUAUCUAAGAUGGUUAAUGCUUCGUGAGCAUACUAAAGCUGCAUUUUUCAUCAAUUAUUUUCAAAAAAGUAAUCUAUUGUAUUUUCUUGACAUUUGUUAAUUCUGUGAAAUAAUUUAAUGGAAAACAAAUCAUUAAUAGUAGAUUUAAAGUCCAUAAGGUGGCCUACAUUAUUAAUUUCUUAACUGCUUUCCGCUCUUUUAUUGUUUAAUAUUGGAACAAUAAAAAUAUAUGUCAUACAAAUAUGCAAGCAUGAACCUAAAAUUUAAACAACUCUAGAUCUGUAUUUAAUAAUAAUAAGAAAAAAAAACAAUAUUUUCCUUGAACUAUUUUAUAAUUUUUAAAUCUCUUCCAUUUAUACUGGUUUUUAUUUUCCUUGGAAAUUGAAUUUCGAUUGAAGCUAAUGACUAACUGGGUGUUCAAAUGUUUUCAACGUCUCAAAAUAGUUUUUAAAACUGCUUACGACUUUCUAAACAAAUAUAUGGAAUUUUAUAUUAUAAAACAUUUAAACGAUAUUUAAUUUUUUUAAAUGUUUAAGUGAAAACAUUAUUUAAUUUGUUUUUUCUGUUUAAUGAUUUAUCUAUUGGUAAUUAGUUGGAGAAAUAUUUGCAAAUUAAAGAUAUUUUUGAUGCAAACAUGAAUUAGUAUUUAAGUUAUUACUAAAUUGUUUUUUCUUUUUUUCUUAGGAUUUCAUCUGAAGCCAUUUUGUAAGCUUUGUAUAUAUGAUAUGCAUUUUUUGUCUAGAUUUAUAACGAGGGAGAUUCCGUGCCUUCAGUGGACUGCAACACAUGUACAUGUAGAAAUGGCAAAGUGAAGUGCACCACCAGAAUUUGUCCUCCCACCUGCACAUUCAAUGGCGUUGUGAGUUUUAAGUUUAUUUUUUCUUUGCCUAGAAAAAAAUUAAUUUGGUGUUUAAAAAAAUAUACAUGUUAAAGACAUUACUUAUACACAAAAAUCCACGCUGUUUUUAUAUAACCUUGUAUUAAAUUCCCACCCCCGCUCACUCACUUAUUCGUAGUUAAGCUCGUCUGCUUCGUUCAAUAACGGUGAGAGAAGGAACGGUUAGGAAACUGAGAUAAGAAAUGUAGGAUAUGUGGGGGGGGGGGGGUGCUCACUCACUUAUUCGUAGUUAAGCUCGUCUGCUUCGUUCAAUAACGGUGAGAGAAGGAACGGUUAGGAAACUGAGAUAAGAAAUGUAGGAUAUGUGGGGGGGGGGGAGGGGUUGUUCCAAAGUGUUUAGGGGCAAGGCAUGUGCAGUUUGACUUAGAACACCAUACGAAGAUUAGUCUGGCGACGACAUUUAAAACGUUUAAAAAUUAAAUACAAACUAACGCAUUCUUUUUUUUUUACUUCGCUUUUAUUUAAACAUCGACAGGACAAUUUGUUAACAAAAUAUGAAUGUCCCAAAAGUUUUGAUUUCAAUAAACUAAACAAUUUUUAUCGUAUUUAAUUAUUAUUUAUUGAAUACCAUUUUAAAUAUAGCGCUUUUAUAUUAUAUUAAAUUGUUAAAAGUUUAAAAUAUCACUCCAAAAAAACACCUGAACAAACUUUUUUAUUCUUUGAGUAAGGGAAUUAGAGAAAAGUUGUUUGGGCGAUGUUAAUUCAAUAUAUUUUAUUCCAAAUACAAUUUGAAAUACAUACUGAGGUCUACAUUAAUUUCUUAACUGCUUUUCGCUUUUUCCCCAUUUUCACUUUUUAAUAUCGGAAUAUUUUUAGAAAAAAUAAGUCAAGCAUUAACGUAAAGUUUAAACAAAUCUACAUCUUCAUUAAAUAAUGAGUUCCAAAACAACAAAUAUCUUUUUUUUUCUUGAAAUAAUUUUAUAAUUUUCAAUACAAUUCCAUAUACACUUGUUUUUUCAUGUUUCUUGGAACUGGCAUUUUGAAAGAAGCGAAUGACUGCAGGAGAGUUCAAAUGUGUGCACCGUUUCAGAUUACUUAUUAAAACUGCUGACAUCGACCUGAACAACAUUUUGGAACUUUCAUUUUAUAUCAUUUAGAAGUUGUUGUUUUUUUUUUAAAUGCCAAAAUAAUAUUUUUUUCCCACUAUUUUCUAUCCAGAGAUUUAUUUAUUUGUGUAAAUUAAAUUUACAUUUAUUAGCAUUUAAAAUGAAGCUAUCUUGUCAGAUUUGUAUACCUGAUUUGAAAUUUGGUUUCCAGGUUUACAACGAGGGAGACUCCGUGCCUUCAGGGGACUGCAACACUUGUACAUGUAGAAAUGGCAAAGUGGAGUGCACAAACAUAAUUUGUUCUCCAACCUGCACAAUCAAUGGAAUUGUGAGUUUUAUUUUAAAUUUGUAUUAAGUUUAUUUUAAAUUCGACUCACACAUAGUUCAUCGUAGUUACUUUCGUCUGCUUCAUUCAGUAUGCAGCGGAAGAAAGUUGAGUAGCGAAGCUUAGAAAAGAAAUGAAAUAUUUGCGGGAAGGUAGUGCCAAAGUAUUCGGGGCAUUUUAUGUGCAAUUAGACUGGGGAAUUAUAUGGCUCUUAGACUCGGUAACAACAUUUUUAAAUGUUGAAUAAAUAUACUAACUUCUUAAUUUUUUGAAAUGUUUUUUUUUAAUUUUCGGUAAGUUGAUUUUUUUUUAGGAAUUAAAAUGAUGCUCUAUUGUUAACUUUGUAUAUUACAUUUGAACUUUUGUGUCCAGGUUUACAACGUGGGAGACUCCGUGCCUUCAGGGGACUGCAACACUUGUACAUGUAGGAAUGGCAAAGUGGAGUGCACCAACAUAAUUUGUCCUCCCACAUGUACAAUCAAUGAAAUUGUGAGUUUGAUGUUUAACUUAUUUUGCCAGACAAACAAUUGAAUUAUUAAAUAGUUUUAAAGACAAAAAUAUAUCAUAAAGUUUAAAUAUCUACGAAAAAGAUCCACAUUGUUUCUCCAUAACAUUGUUUUAAGUUUAUUUUGAAUCCAUCUCUAACUUAAUUCAUCGUCGUUACGUUCAUCUGCUUCGUUCAGUAAGUGGCAGAAGAAGGUUGGUUAGUUGAGCUUAGAAAUGAAGUGAAGGAUUUUCGGGAAGUUAGUUUUAAAAUUUUUCAGAGAAGGUCAUAUGCAUUAGACUGGGAACAUCAUACUGCAAUUAGGCUCGGAAAAAGAUUUUCCAAUUUAGUGAGCAUACAUUUUAUAGCAUCUAGCAUUUAUUUAAUUUUUUUUACACGUCAAAGUAAUAAUUUUAUUAUACUAUUUUGAUCUAUCAAGAUUUUUGUGUUGGUAAUUUGAUUGAGCAAUAAUUGUAAAGUAAUUUUUUGUUAAAAUUCGAACAUAAAUUAGUAUUUAAUUGAUGACUAAAUUAUAUUUUAUUAGGAUUUAAAGUUCCGCAGUUUUGUCAGCUUGGUUAAUCUGAUUUGAACUUUUGUGUCCAGGUUUACAACGAGGGAGACUCCGUGCCUUCAGGAGACUGCAACACUUGUACAUGUAGAAAUGGCAAAGUGGAGUGCACAAACAUAAUUUGUUCUCCCACCUGCACAAUCAAUGGAAUUGUGAGUUUUAUUUUAAAUUUGUAUUAAGUUUAUUUUAAAUUUGACUCACACAUAGUUCGUUACUUUCGUCUGCUUCAUUCAGUAUGCAGCGGAAGAAAGUUGAGUAGCGAAGCUUAGAAAAGAAAUGAAGUAUUUGCGGGAAGGUAGUGCCAAAGGUAUUCGGAGCAUUUAUUAUGCAAUUAGACUGGGGCAUUAUACGGCUCUUAGACUCGGAACAACACUUUUAAAUUGUUAAUAAAUUAUAUUAAUUUCUUAAUUUUUUUAAAUUGUUUUUUUAAAUUUUCGGUUAGUUGAUUUUUUUAAGGAUUUAAAUUGACGCUGUCUUUUUAACUUUGUAUAUUACAUUUGAACUUUUGUGUCCAGGUUUACAACGAGGGAGACUUUGUGCCUUCAGGGGACUGCAACACUUGUACAUGUAGAAAUGGCAAAGUGGAGUGCACCAACAUAAUUUGUUCUCCAACCUGUACAUUCAAUGGAAUUGUGAGUUUUAUUUUAAAUUUGUAUUAAGCUUAUUUUAAAUUUGACUCACACAUAGUUCAACGUAGUUACUUUCGUCUGCUUCAUUCAGUACGCGGAAGAAAGUUGAGUAGCGAAGCUUAGAAAAGAAAUGAAGUAUUGCGGGAAGGUAGUGCCAAAGUAUUCGGGGCAUUUCAUAUGUAAUUAGACGGGGCAUUAUACGGCUCUUAGACUUGGAACAAUAUUUUUACAUUUUGAAUAUUUUAUACUUACUUCCUCAUUUUUUUUAAACGCUUUUUUGAAAAUGUCGGUUAGUUGAUUUUUUAAAGGAUUUAAAUUGACGCUCUCUUGUUAACUUUGUAUAUUACAUUUGAACUUUUGUGUCCAGGUUUACAACGAGGGAGACUCCGUGCCUUCAGGGGACUGCAACACUUGUACAUGUAGAAAUGGCAAAGUGAAGUGCACCAAAUUAUUUUGUCCUGACACCUGUACAUUUAAUGGAGUUGUGAGUUUGUAAUACCUGUUUCACAUUUUUACAAUAAGCAAUAGUUUUUCAGUUGACUUGAUUCUUAGUUCUUAAGGACUUUGGGGAAUAAAUUAUUCUGCAUUAUUCUUUUCGUUUUAAGAAAAAAUUUAAAAUCUGUACAACUGAUAGUUACAUAAAAGGAUGAUAUAUUUACGUUAACUAAAAGUAAUGUACUUCAAAUGCAACUGAUCAUUUAUGUGACAUAAGCUUGUACAAGUUUUUGUGUAUAUAUAUUUAAUAUAAUUUUUUAUAGCUCGUUAUAGAAAAAUUUAAAUGUAGUUAAAAAAUGAUGGUUUGAAACAAGUAGCGUCAUUUUUUAAGGAGCAUUAGUAUCCAGAAUUUCUACGAGAGAUAUCACAUGCCUUUAGGGUUCUGUUACAUCUGUACAUGUGAAAAGGUCAAAAUGGUGUUCACCAAAAUAUUUUGUCCCUUUUUUAUGUACCUUCAAUGGAAUUGCAAGUUUUAUUGUUAACAAUUUUUGCUUAGACCAAACAGUGUAGCUGAAAAGUGUGUUUUUGUGUUGUAUUUUGUUGGAUUUAUUUUUAAUUUACUUUUUUGUCUGUGUUGUUGUUUUUUUUCUGGGGGUAUCGAAACGUUCUUUUUUUCAUCAAUUAUUAGAAAAAAAAGUUUUUUUAAAGGCUUUCUCUGGACUCCAAAAUACAUGGGAUUAGUAAGUGAGGUUGUAGCAUAAUUUUGUAUUUAUCACAUGUGAUUCUCUCGCUCUGUUGAUGAUAGUUGAUCGCGUCUUCUUCGUUUAAUGAAAGCCGGGAGAUUGUUGGGUAAGGAAGCUCAUAUUUUAGAGUUGUAGGAUUUUGAGCAGGAUGGUUCCGAAGUUUUUACGGGCUGAACAUACUGCAAUUAGACUUGUAAAUACGUACGUCUCACUAAGCUUCUAAAAUGCUACAGUCGUUAAACUCGAGUUUUGAAAUAAUUUUUUUUCGUUAUUAAACAGUCAAGUUCAUUUUUACCAGGAUCUUUAUUAAGCAUUCUAUAUAUAAAAAAUGAAAUAAUACUACCUUUGUCCAUACUUUAAAGAUUACAAUUUUAAUACUUAAAAAUAGAACAUAAAAAUAUAUCUUACAUUAGGAUUUCUAUUAAAGACGAAUUUAAAAUAAAACAAAAAUUAGAAAAUAAAUACAUUUUUCUUAAAAUGCAUGACGCAAAGAAGUUUGUGCAAAAAUAUUUUAUAUUUAAUAAGAAUAAAACAUUUGAAUUCGCCUGUUUGUAAUUCGAAUCCUUAGGGUAAAUAAAGUGCUAAUCUUCACCCCCAUAGAGUAUUUCUUUCUUUUUAUUUACCCCCAUUGGUUUUUUUUUUUUUUUUUUUUUUUUUUUUUUUUUUUUUUUUUUUGGGGGGGGGGGGGGAAUUCAAUUCGUAAACUAAGUAAUAUGUUGCUUACAAGACGUGUCACAAGUUUUCAAUCACUAUCCAAUGCUCGUUUUUAUGAUAAAACAUCAAAAUCAAAACCAAUCAAUUAUAUACAUUGAUAUUUCUGUCCACCAAAAUUGUGUUAAUCCAAUAAAGUGUAGAUUUGUGAGAUUUUCCUUUUUACUCUAGGUCUACAAGGAGGGUGAGAUGUUUUCCUUGGACAACUGUAACACCUGUAUCUGUAGGGGUGGACUGAUUGGCUGUACAAAGAAAGUGUGUCCACCGGGAUCCUGCUUCAAAGACGGUGUGGUAUGUAGUGGGUCUUUAUCAGAUUUAAUCAUAACAAAUUAUUUUAUUUUAAGUAUUAUAUUUCACUUUUUUUUAACAGCCGCUGAGAGACUUUUUGUAAGUAUUCUAAGGAAAGUAGAAAUUAGCAAUUUAGUAUACCUUAAACAGGACACAGCAAGAACAUUCAUCUCUUUUUGUUACUUUGAUUUUUUUAAAUAAAAUAAAAUGUUGAUUUUCUAACAGAUAUUAAGCGUAUUGAUAAGUGUCUGUCGUAUUUUAGACGUCGUAUUUUAGACAUCUUAAAAUGUGUUUCAAAAUAAUCUGUCUCUCCAAGACGUAGGAAAAUAGGUUCAUGUCUGUCUGACAUUUUUAUGUCACUGAUUUGUACAGAUUGUACAAUUUUUCAUUUAUAUUUUAUUAUUUAAAAUUAUUACUUUUUAAUUCAGCACCUCGGUGUAUCUUAAAUGACAUGCUUUAAAUGGUAUGUCUUAAAAGAUUUGUCUUAAAAUGGUGUCUCUUAAAUUUUGUGUCUUAAGUAGGGUGUCUUAAACUGGGUUUUUUUUUCAGUGAUAGGCAGUGGAUACCUAACGAUUUUUUUUUACUUUCAUUAUGUUCAUAAGGUGUACAAUGAUGGCGAGUUGGUACCAUCAGGAGACUGUAACACAUGUUCUUGUAAUAAUGGAAUCAUUGUGUGUACCAAAAUUGGAUGUCCAGUAACAUGUACUUUCCAAGGAAUUGUAAGUAUAUUGUUAUUGUUUUUUGGUCCUGUAAGUUAAAACAGCAUAGGAAAACCGAAGUUCAUGGACUGAAAGAGAUCGAACUUAAAUAUUUCAGAAAAUUCAGAAUUUGAUCCUGUCAUCCAUAGCUUAAAAUGUCGUACAAUAGCUUUACAAAUGAUAUCAUACUUCGGAUAGAGAGUCCUGAUAGGACAUAUAUUAUGAAAGUGUAAAAAUUAAAAAAAUUAAAUACAAAUAUUUUUGUUCUCUCCUUCAAUAUUUUUAUUUCAGCAUCGUUUUUACGACUUGUUUAUAGCAUCUGUGUGCCAAAGUAAUUUUUUAUUGGACAAAGAUAAAAUUGUUCAAAAUUUUUUUUACGGCUUUUAGAGAAUAUUUAAUGAUUGAAAGAUUAUACUGUCUUGCAAUUCUAAGCCGCCCUUAUGCAAUUUUUAACUCUUUCAGAUCCUGGGGAAAUUAAAGAAAUAUGUUUGGGAAGAUGUUAAUACAAAUACAGUUCAUUCCAAAUGCAACAGAUUUUUUCAAAUAAUUAUCAGUUUAAAGUAUGUAACUUAUAUAAGAUUGUUACCUAUGUAGAUAUCAAAAUCGUAAACUUUUAGGUAUCUAAGAUGGUUACCGCUUCGUGGUCAUACUAAUGGUGCACGUUUCAACAAUUAUUUUAAAAUCGAAAUCAAUUGAAUUUUCUUGAAAAGUGUUACUUUUGAGACAUAAUUUGCUGGAUGAAAAAACCGUAAUAAGAUAUUUAAAAUAUAUACAGAGGCCUACUUUAAUUUCUUAACUGAAUUUUAACUUUUUGACGUCAGAAUAAUAAAAAAAAAUUAAUGUCUCACUAAUAUGCAAGAAUUAACCUAAAAUUUAGGAACUCUAGAUCUGUAUUUAAUAGGAAGUUGUAAAAAUAUAUUUUGUUUUUCAUUCACUAAUUUUAUAAUUUUCAAAUCUUUUCCAUUUAUGCACGUUUUCUUAUAUUUCUUGAAACUGGAAUUUUGAAUUUAGCGAAUGAAUUAAAAAGUCCCCAAUUUUUUGCAUCGUGCCCCAAUGAGUUUUUAAACCUGCUGACUACUAUCUUAACAACAAUUUGGAGCUUACAUUUUUAUAUCAAUCUAGAAGUUAUUUAAUUUUUUUAAUGCAAAGUAAUUCGUUGAAAUCACUCUUUCAUCCCAAAGAUUUAUUUAUUGGUAACUUGUUUGAGCAAUAAUUGCAAAGUAAAUAUUUUUAUAAUGCAAACAUGAAUUUGUGUUUAUGUUAUCAGUAAUUUUUUAUUAGGAUUUCAUUGGACGCCAUCUGUCAACUUUGUAUAUCCGAUUUAAUUUUUUCUGUCCAGGUUUAUUACGAGGGAGACUCUGUGCCUUCAGGGGACUGCAAUAAUUGUACAUGCAGCAACGGCAGCGUGGUGUGCACCAAAAUGUUUUGUCCUAUCACCUGUACAUUUAAUGGAGUUGUAAGUUUGUAAUAUCUGCUUCACAAUUUGUCUACAAACAAAAAUGUUUCUGAUGACUUUGCUUUUCAGACCGAGGUUAAGGAGGGGUGGGGGGAGGGGACUAUUAUUCUUUUCAUUUUUAGUAUAAACUUUAAGAUCUGUACCACUGUUAGUUAAAUAAAAGAAAUAUUUUUAAUGUAAACUACAAUCAAAUUACUUGAAAUACUACUGAGUAGUUUAGGUAACGUUUGGCUAGUACAAGGUUUAUGUAUGUGCUAUAUAAAUGUUAAUAGUUCUUCAAAGAAAAGGAUUCAAAUUUAGGCUGCCUGUUUUAAAAAUGAUGGUUAAAACAAAUUGUCAUUUUUUUUAAAAGAGCAUUUGUGUCCAGAAUUUCUACGACGGAGAUCACAUACCUUAAGGGGGAAUGUUACACAUGUACAUGUAGAAAGGUCAAUGUGGGGUGCACCAAAUAAUUUUUUUCUUUCACAUGCACCUUCACUAGUGUCGCCGAAAAGUGUAAGUGUGUGUGUGUGGGGGGUUUGAAGCGUUCUUAAAAUAGUCAAAUACUUGUUAGGGACAUAAAAUUGGAACGUAGCAUAAUUUUGUUUUUGCCACUCGUGAUCCUCUUGCUCAGUUAAUGGUGGUAGAUCGCUUAUUCAUCGUUCAGUGAUCGUCAGGAGAAGGAUGGGUAGGGGAGCUCAGAUAAGAUUUGUAUGAUUUUUGGAGAGGGUGGUUCCGAAGUCGCUAGGGUUGAGGCCUACUGCAAUUAGACUCAAAAUACAAAUGGCUUAUGACCGGGGUUCUAAAACGCUGAAUGUCUUUAAAACCAUCCUUUGUCUUGUAUGACGUUUUUAAGAGAUAAGUCCAUGUAAUGAGGAUUUUUUUGUAAGCUUUUGUGGUAUAAAAAGUUAAAUAAUUCUACUUUAGUCAAUAAUUUAACAAUUACGAUUUUCAUACUUAAAAGUAGAACAUAGAAAAUAUUUUUUUUAAAUUUUUUAUGAUUUCCUUCUAAUACGAAUUUAAUCCAAAAAAGAAAGAAAAAAAAACAGAAAAAAAAGAAAAAAAAAAAAUUAAUUUUUAUUAAAAUGCAUGACCAAAAAGAAAGUCUGUGCAGAUUUAUUUAAAAACUCAGGAAAAUAUAACAUUGAUAAUAAUUUAAAAAUUACGAUUUUCAUACUUAAAAGUAGAACAUAGAAAAUAUUUUUUUUAAAUUUUUUAUGAUUUCCUUCUAAUACAAAUUUAAACCAAAAAAGAAAGAAAAAAAAACAGAAAAAAAAGAAAAAAAAAAAAAAUUAAUUUUUAUUAAAAUGCAUGACCAAAAAGAAAGUCUGUGCAGAUUUAUUUAAAAACUCAGGAAAAUAUAACAUUGAAAUCUCUUAUAAUUCUAAUUCCAAUUCUUUGGAUACAUAGUGUUCAUCUGCCCCCCUUUUACAAUAUUUCUUUCUUUAUAUGUAUUUAGUUUUUGUGGGGACAUUCAAUUCGUAAACUAAGAAAAAUGUUUCUUGCAAGACGUAUGACAUGUUUUAAGUGAACAUCUAAUGCUUAUUUUUAUGAUGAAACAUCAAGAACAAAAUCAAUCAAUUAAACACAUUGAAAUUGAUGUCACCAAAGUCAUGUCAUUCUCAUAAUGUGUACAAUUUUGAGAUUUUACUUUUUUACUCUAGGUGUACACGGACGGAGCCCAGGUUCCUGUGGACGCCUGUAACACCUGCAUCUGCAGGGGUGGACAGAUUGGCUGUACCAAGAUAGCGUGUCCGCCAGGCUCAUGUUCUAAAGACGGCUUGGUAUGUAGAGGGGCUUUUCAGAUUUAAUAAUAAGUUAUGUGGUACAUUUCUUUCACAUCUGCUGGGAGCCUCUUUGACAAGGAUUCUACGAAACGUAGAAAUUAGAAAUAUUAUAUAAUUUAUAAGGUACAUUGGGUAGAACAAUUAACUCCCUUUGUUGUUUGUUUGUUGUUUUUUUUGUGGUUUUUUUUAAGUAAUAAAAUGCGAGCCGUUAAAGUGUCUGUCGUCUUUAGACGUUUUAAAAUGUUUCAAACUAAUCUGUCUCUUUCCAAGACGUAGGAAAUUAGGUUCAAGACAGACAGGCUUGUUUUACCAAUGAUUUGUACAGAUCACAUAAUUCUUAGGUUAUAUAUUAUAUAUUUUAUUUUAAAAUUAUUACUUUUAACUUCAGCACAUUGGUGUUUCUUAAAUAACAUGCCUGAAAAUGUUGUCUUAAAAUGGUGUCUCUUAAAAUGGCGCGUCUUAAAUUGGGUGUCUUAAAUUGGCGCUUUUUUUUUUUUUACAUGGCAUUGGGUAGCUAAAGUUUUGUUCUGACUUUCAUUAUAUUCAUCAGCUGUACAAUAAUGGCGAGUCGGUGCCAUCAGGAGACUGUAACACGUGCACUUGUAAUAAUGGAAGCAUUGUGUGUACCAAAAUAGGAUGUCCAGUAACAUGUACUUUCAAAGGAAUUGUAAGUUUAUUUUUAUCUUUUAUUUUUUAAAGUUAUAACAAGAUUGGAAAACCGCAGUUCAUGGACUUAAAUAGGGUUAACUUGAAUAUUUAAGAAAAUUCUGUAUUGGAGCAUCUCAUCCGGAGAUAAAACUAUCGUACGAUGGCUUUAAAAAUGACAUUUCUUACUUUUGCUUGACAUUCCUUAUAGAAGGACAGACAUUGGGAAAGUAUAUAAAUGUAUAAAUGUUAAACAAUUAAACACAAACUACUCUGUUCCUUCAGACAAUGUUUUUAUUUAAACAUCGGUAUUACAAUUUAACAAAAUCUGUGUACGCCGAAACUUUUUAUUUCAAUGAGUUUAAUUUGUCCUAAUUUUUUUCUUUUUUUUUUUCUUCAAUACCAGUUGGAAUAUAUCGCAUUAUGAGAUUAUUCAAUUGUUGAAAGAUUAACAUGUCUCGCAAGACUAAGCCGCCUGCAUACAAUUUUAACUCUUUUAGACUUAGGGAAAUUUGAUCAAAGUGGUCUUGAAGUUGUUCAUUAAAAAAUAGUUCAUUCUAAAUUCAAUCGAGUUUUAACAUUUAUCUUCAGUUUAAAGUUCUUAACCUAUCUAAGAUUGUUAUCUCUGUAUUUAUCAAAGAUAGUUAACUCUGUACUUAACAAAGAUGGUUGACCCUAUAAAUAUAUAAUCUGGUUAACUCUGUACAAAAUCGUUGCAUUUACUCAUGUUUCUAGGUGUACCAUGAGGGUGACCGCGUCCCCGUGGACCCCUGUAACACAUGUAUCUGUAGGAACGGACUGAUUGGCUGUACCAAAAAAGCGUGCCCUUCAGGU